AUGGAACAUACACCAACUCGGAUGGAUAUUCCUUUGUUCGAACUUUUAGCAAUGUUAGUAGAGCAAGCGUUACGUCUAAAACCACUGCGUGAUGACAGCGUUGAUGUUGUUCAAAAGAGAAUGCCUGAAUACCACUAUUAUAGAACCUUAUGGUGGGAAAAAGGCGAUUUCCAUCAAAAAGCAAAUUGGGAAGAAGCAACACUUCCGUAUAAACUUGCGGUUGGUGUCACCUUGGAAGAAUAUGAAGAGCGUUCGGAUAAGUUUAACAUCCGUGGAUAUUGGGAAUGGAUUAAUGGCGAUGUUAUAAUUUAUGAACUUCCGUCAAAGCCACACGAAGUUCUUAUUGUUGCGAUAUCUGAAGAAAUAUCCUGGAGAUGCUCUCCUGUACGUGGAACCGAUGGCCGUAUCAUAGGUCUUGGCGCAAUUCGAACUCGCGCCGACGAUUCUGAGAAAGAAGCGGAUGCAUGCUUCCGCCCUAAAAAACCACGAGUGGCACCACCAAAUGGGAGUAAUGAAAAGGAUGAGCCCUGGCCGAAUCUCGUCAUUGAAGUGGCGUAUUCUGAGAGUGAACCACAUGUUCUUGAAAAAGUGAAAGAUUUCUGGCUACGUAAUCUUAGUCGUGCCCACGACGCGAUCGUGGUUAAGGUUGAUAAACCUCCUGAAGAAGACGAAGCUCCUUUACGGAUGCAAGCAUGGCACUUUUGUGCCAGGGACAGACCCAGAAGAACAGCUGAUAUCCGGCCUCGGACUCAUUUUGAAUUCGGUACCCAUGACAAAUAUGGGAACCCGACAAAUAUUCAACCAGGUCAAUGUGUCAUCAACAUUUCCCUGGAUUGUUUGUAUCACGAUGCGUAUCCUGAAGCUACAAUUCACCGACAACUUCUCCCUGAUCCAAUUGUACUGGAUUUCUUGACAAUUCGGGACCAAUUCCUUUCUGC